AUUUGCAAUAUAAAUAUCGCCGCAAUUCGCCAAGAAAGUUUAGUAGUGAAAAUAUAUUCUUAACGUGUAUUUCUUGUUUGUCAAAAAUCAACCUCAAAAUGAAGAGUCUUCUGGUUGGCAUCUGUCUUUUGCUAACUAUAACAGUUAUCCAAGCAGAUUUCAUCGACACUUACAUAGAGCUUUCGAAGGUUCCUACUCUAAAGUGUAUGAAAACAGUUGGCUACACUGAAACGGACCCAAAGGUAAUAUUUGAACAGGAGGUAAAACUGGGAGUGGACAAAGCUACGUGUUUAAGAUCGUGCAUAUUAAAAUCUAUGAACAUGUUGAAAGACUCCAAGAUAAAUUUAGACAUGAUAAACGAGUUCAUCAAGAUCGUGCACAACGAAGAACCUGAGAAGAUUGAACCUAUGAAAAAAAAUGCAGUUGAAUGCCUUGAUAAAGUCAAAGAUAUGUCGGACGAUUGCAAGAUGGCUUACGCUUUCAUUCAAUGCUAUGUGGACAAGUAUUAAAAGGAUCUCUUAAAAGGGAAUUGCAGUAAAUGUCUGCUUUAUACUUCUAAUAUAACCGAAUCUCUUGCGUUACCAUUAAUUAUAUUACGAAGCUAUUGUAGAAGAGAAAUUGUAUGUUAUAAAAUACACCGUAGUUCGAUAACAAUCGAUGAUCACGAUCUCGAUCAGCUAUAUUUUAAUCUUACAAAUUGCACGACAAUGUCUCGUUUCUCUUUCGCUAAGAUAAUAAAUUGAUAUAAGACACUUUAA